UACUGUUACUUCUUAGUAUGAAAAAAACUGAAUGUGUGGUUAAGCCGUUUUCGGAAAUAGAAGAAUAAAAAGUAUAAAAGGCUUAUGGUCGUUUAAACAGGAACUAUCUUAGGUGAACGGAUUUACAUUAAUGUUAGCUGUUUUAGUAUUUUUCUCAUUGUUAUCAAAUCUGGAGGUUGUGUCAGGUGCUAAUCUCACAUGUUACACAUGCAAAGAUUGUGAACAAAUCGAUAAAGACACAGAGAGAACAUCAGGAUGUGGUUCUUGUCUAAAGUCCAUUUCUUAUUCGCCUGAUAGACAUGUGAUGAGAUCAUGUGAGCUGCUCUGUGAACUUAUACAGCCUUUAGAAGGUGUUGAGUUUUACUGUUGUGAAACUGACUUAUGCAAUUCAACCGCCAAAGUCAAUAAAAAUCGCCUGUUUAUUUUUUCUGUUCUUUUUGUUUUAAUGAUAAAUAACAUUAUAUCUUACUUAAUAAAUGUUUAUGAAAGUUAUUGAAGAUAAAAAUACGCAUAUAUUUUGAUUUUUUUAUUGCACCAAAACUUUAAUUGCUCUUAUUUCUGUAAGUUCCCUUUAUACCUAUUGCAUUAACAAUUGUUCCUUUGCGGAUUAAUAAUUUCAUAACAGCUUCAUGUUGUAAGAUUAUUUUGUUAACACUUGUAAAACAGGUCAGUGAAAUAAAUUUGCAUUGUAAUAUC